AUGGGUACUGGCAACCAGACUCUAGUUACUGAGUUUGUUUUUCUAGGUUUCUCCAAAAUCAUACAUGGCCAAGUCUAUCUUAUCCUGCUGUUCCUCAUCAUCUACUUGGUCACCAUUCUGGGCAACUUCAUGAUCAUCUCCCUCAUCCUAGUGGACUCCCAUCUUCACAGUCCCAUGUAUUUUUUCCUCAGCCACUUAUCCUGUUUGGAUGUCUGCUACUCAACAGUCACGGUCCCCAAGAUCCUUUCAAAUCUCCUUCUCCAAAGGCACACCAUUUCCUACAACCACUGCUUGGCCCAGAUGUUCUUCUUGUUAGGAUUCACAAGCUCAGAAUGCUGGUUGCUGGCCAUCAUGGCUUAUGACCGCUACGCCGCCAUCUGUCAUCCUUUGCGCUAUUCACAACUCAUUAGUUCAUAUGUUUGCGUGACAGCAGUCAUUAUUGCCUGGAUCUGUGGCUUUCUGGAUGCAGCAGUUCACACAGCCUUGGCUUCCAGCUUCCAUUUCUGUGGAGAUAAUCAGAUCCACCACAUCUUCUGUGAUCUUCCACCGCUGUUGAAAAUUGCCUGUGGUGACAAAUUUGUCAGUGAGAUAGCAAUCCACAUAGCCACUGUGUUUGUGGGAUUGGGUCCCUUCCUUUUUGUGGUCAUCUCCUACUUCUACAUCCUUGCGUCCAUCCUGCGUAUCCGUUCCAACGCAGGCAGGCACAAAGCUUUUUCCACUUGUAUUUCUCACCUGGUGGUGGUCCUUCUUUAU